AAUAUUUUUCCUUUUGCUUCUCUUUUCUUCCUCCUCCCCCCUCCCUCCUCUGGGGGUUGCAAAGGUAGUUCAAACCCCUCCAGUCAUCUCGGCUUAUCAGCCGAGGGAGACGCAUUCCUCAGGGCUGCUCCCUUUAUAAGCCGCUGCUGGCCGCCCGCCCGCCGCUCCGCAGCCCUCGCCGGGAACCCAGCUCCGCUCCCGGCCAUGUCCUAGCCCGGACCCCCGACCCCUGGCCCCGGGGGGGACGCUCUGCACCCCGGCGACGAUGCCGCCAGCCCCGGCCCCGGCCCGGCUCUGAGGCCGGCGGCAUGUUCAGCUGGCACCGGAGCUUCGCGCUGGCAGCGCCCUGGAGGCGAGGUAAGAAGAGCCCACCUGCUGAGGACAAAGUAGUGCUAACACACAUGAAGAUACUGAGCAACGAAGGAAUUCAGAACCCAGCACUAACACCAGAGGCUCCCACUGAUGCAGCCUGCACUGAAGAGCCCCAACUCCCCGGUGCCAGCCUCCCCCAGGACUGCCAGGGAAGUCCCAAUGUUGCAGCCCCGGCGGCAGACCCAGACUGUGCAGAUGCCCCGGCAGGUACAGACUAUGUAGCCACACUGCCUGACCUCAGCACCUUCGAGUCCAAGUGCCAGCUUCACAGAUUAUCCAAAUUUGAAUCUGAGGACUCAGGAGUGGAAUUGCCAAGCGGGGCUAAUUCUCCAUCGACGCCAACAGGUUCAGAGAAGAGCUUUGUGCUUCACAACAGAGACUCAUUUUGCGACUCGGGCGUGCUUAGCACCUCUUCUUCUCCAGAAAUUGACCAUCUGAUAAUGAGAACAUGUAAAGAAUGUGCCAGAAAAGUCAGCCACCAAGGUCCAGAGAGUGAAAAGCAAGCAGAGUACUACAGCCAGGAGUCUGAUGCUGUGCAGGUUCCUACAGCUCCCCUUGACAACUUCGGUGUCCCUCAGGAAGGAGAAGAUCCUGAUGAACAUUUUGACCAGAGCGAAAGGCAACCUCUGGAAAAGGAACCUGCACCAGAGAUGAGCCUACCCAGGGAAAGCACUCUUCCCACCCCAGAUCCUGUAGAAGAGCCAAAGACAAUUGCGGACAAUUACCCAGAGACCUUUGGCAGCAUGCAAGACCUUCAGAUCCCUGGGCAUCCGCUGAAGAAGUACCCCACAAGUGACAGUCUGGAUGAAUACAUGGAUGAAUGCUGUAGACUGAGUGAGGUGAACCAAGGGAACAGCAAAGCCCUGGGAUCGGGCCUGGGAUACCUGGAACACAUUUGCCAACUGAUAGAGAAGAUUGGGCAGCUGCAGGAGCACAACCUGCGGCUCCAGAAACAGGUCUGCAGCUUGCAGAAAGAGCAGAAGAUGAGCCAGCUAAAAGAGGAGUACCUCAUGCAGCAUUGCUCCUGCGGAGCUGCAAGUGUGUUCCUCAACUCGUACCAAGACGUGAAGACAUUUUUCGCAGGGAGAAGCAGACCUCAUAGCCUCUUGGUUCAGACGGGAAACCCUUCUGAUCUUUCCAUCAUCCCAGAAAUAGGAGCCAACACCGAAAAGCUGAGCAGCUGCAGCGGAAGUGAGAGACACCCGGAAUCAGGAAACAGCCAGCCAAUGUCGGGGCUCAGGAAGCUGUCAAACAAUAGGAACAAUAAGGAGAAUGAGUUCACAGAAGCUGGUAGCAUGGCAGAGGGGCAGGCUUUUCCGUCAAAGGAUCCUGCAGCAAGAAAGGGUCUGGACACCAGCAAGAACUGCUCGGGUGAGAGCCAUGCCUGGGGGAGAAUGAGAGAUCUCAUGAGGAAGACACGGCUGAGAAACCAGAGCAAGCUGGGGCUGUCCUCCGCUGCUCUGAAGAGGUCAUGCCCACAGUUGUACAGGCCAGAUAUUACAACUUCAGAGCUGAGGAAAACUGAGAGGAACUCCAUGAUUGUUCUGGGGCAAAACACGAAGAAUGAAAACAUAUGGCCUUUCUGAUAACCUGAAUCAAAUGGAACAAGGUAAAAUAGAAAGGAGAAGCGAGAGCAGCAAUGGACACAAAAUUGAAAAGCCCAGGAUUGCUUUGUGCAUCAUGCAUCCACCAGCUGUUGACAGAGCAACUCUGAUUUGAGCGCUGAAAGGGAAAGAAGGAAGGGGGAGGUGAAGAAAGGUCCGAGGACAGACACAUGCUCAGCUACAUAUGACUUCACUCCUGAAACCGAAGUAUACAUACAGAAUCAAGCUGCAGACAAAAACCGCAGCCCACAUCUUGGCAAUAUAACCAGCAGAGACUUUUAAAUGAGAUUUGGUAACCGUUCCUCCUAUCUGGGUUCAGAACAGAACUACCCAAAACGCUGAAGCUUUUAAGUUGUCAUUGCUUUGUGGGGACCACCUUCAGCUGAAAUAAACUUAAGCCUCACAGGAGACAGCAGCAUCCCGAGGGGUGUCAGGGGCUCCUUGCUGGGUGCUGCUGGGAUGGGCAACUACAUUCCUAUGGGGGUUUGGCUUGCCUUCUGCUUGUCCCCAGCAGAGCUCCUUCCUUCAGAACAGCAUCCUGCCAGCUCUGCAGUUUUACUCAAAUCCAACAGGAAAAAAAGUGUAAGUUUUUUUUUCAGGUCCAUUCCCAAAUCCACCACCAACUUCUACUUCCAUGGGGCUGCACCUUCUGCAGAUUCCCCUUGACUUCGGUGGCAGCCUAUGCAGAAGUCAAUAUAGUGAGGGGCUCUGCAGGAACAGGCCUUUUGAGAGAUGGGAAGGCACACCAAGGGCAGUACCUCACGCACCGGGCAGCCCAGAUCCCUGGCAGGCUGAGAUACUCAUCUUCUGAAAGAGCAGAGCUGCAAGGAUGAGUAAUUCAAAUAUAUACAUCCUCUAUAAUCCGUGCCUUUUUCCCCAGGACUGUUCUUUUGGGUCUGCUAACUUGUGUGUAACACUGUGGCCCUGCUUGGUGGCUGCCUUAUUGCUGUGUGUCCACUGAUCUCAGACGCAGGGGACAGACAGCACCUGCUUCUGAAAGUCCUGUGGGUACAGUGAUCUCUGCUCACCAGCUCUUAGCAGUAGUAGCACAAGAUUUCAUGCACAUGGAGUAAAGAUUUAAGCAAAUAAACCAACUUUGCCACUUAUUAUAGGGAUAUUCUACUGCCCUAAAAUUAGAAUGUAAUUGCAAGUCAGACAAUUGCUGUUUAAAAUCCCUUAAAAUCCAUUCUUGCCUGUGAACAGAGAUUUGAGACACUGGCAGGAAUAGAUCAGUUUCACCAAGCUUAGUCUUUCAGUAGCAGGUGCUUCCCUUUGCUCACCCAAAUCAACUGGAGCCCUUGAAGUCCUCAAAGCCAGAGCAGGAUCUCUCCUGAGAUGCAGAGUACCCCAGCCCCAGAAGGCUGGCUGGUCUGAUCCCAGUUCUAGUGGCAGGCAGUAACACAAGGCAAAGAGCUGCUGCUCACUGGAAAAACAGGUCACCCUUGCUCAGCACAGCUGCAGUUCACAGG